AUGUUCAAGGUGCGCCGAAACGCCGACACAUGGUUCAACAAAAGAAUGGAUUCGCUGGAGCGCAUGGGCUCGGUCUACGAAACUGGCGAGUGGCCAACAGAGCCUCGUGACGCAGAUGCACCGCGAAACCGUGAUGACGUUGAUCCCUGCGUCUGCUGCUUCAGGACGACUGCCACUCUUGCCGGGCUGAUUGUGGCGCUAAUUUUUCUCACCAAAAUUGUGGACCGAACGUGCUCAAUGACGUUGCUUAAGUACUCUCUCUUUGUGAUUUCUACAUGUCUGAUUGCGACAACAAAGCCGAGUACGGUGACACCAGAAGGACUAAUUACACUGGAACCGACAGUGCCAACACCGACAACGCCACCACCGACAACGCCACCACCGACAACGCCACCACCGAGACCACCAAAAGCAAAGCCAUGCACAAACAGCGACUGCCAGUCGCUGGCUGACUAUCUACAUGACCAGAUUGACGCCGACCGCGACCCAUGCGUCGACUUUUACGAGUACGCCUGCGGCAACUACCGUGGCGGCUCUGUCUUGCUUGAGAUGGAACACAAUGUGACGGUGGCGGUCGACUCUGUGCUGCCGUUUGCGCGCGUGCCGGACCGACACCAGUCUGCCGUGCAGAAGGCGGUCGGAAUGUUCCGGGCGUGCCUGGCCGCCCCGGAGGACGAGAGAGGAGUCGAGAUGCGCGCCCUGAGGGAGUUCACGGCCUCGCUGGACAUCGACCUCGUGGAACCCGGGGAGAGAAGGGACUCUUCCGACCCGAACCCCGGUCGCGACGCGCUUCGCCUCUCGCUCGAGUACGGCCUGCACGCCUUCAUCGAGUUCAGCGUCAGCGAAUACAAUAUACCAAGAGGAGAGCCGCUACUGCAGGUUAGCCUGGCCGUCAGCGAUGAAACGUGGUUCGCGAAACGAUCAGUGCAGAGAUUUAACCUGAGGACUUUGUACUACUCGGCAGUCAUCGCACACUACUCCGGUAGAGCACCAAGUGAAGGGACGAAGGAGCUCGUCUUACAGUUGUCAGCGCUUGAAGACGAAGUUCAAUCGUUCAUCAUCACCGAGAAAGCACGCCGGUCCGAUCAUUGGACUUUCGAACAAAUAAACAACAUUCUCAACAAGACGCAAAAGGAACAAAACGACAACUUUGGGCGCAUGGUUGCACACUACUCGCUUGGCCGCUACACGGGCGACGACAUUGUCUACGCAAACUUGAACGCCAUCGCGCUGCUCAGGCUGCUUAUGACAUCAGGCAGGGAAAUCGAGUUCCACCGUCUUGUAUCCUGGAGCAUCGUGCGCCAGCUGGCUGGCUUCGGUCGUAACACGGAACAUUUUGGCCUGGCCACUAGUGUCGCCACCUGGUACCUGUGCGUCGCACUGGUGUCGCAGGUCAUGGAGGCACCGCUCAUGGGACUUCACCUGCUGCAAGCCGUGCCCGAAAGCUACCUAAGGGACACGGAGGUCAUCUUCUCACGUCUCAAGAAGUCCUACGAGGGCCAGCUGAAGAAAAGUUCGUGGCUAGACUCGAUUUCUCUGGAGAACGCCCUGGCCAAACUGCGCGCGAUGCAGCUGGCGAACGGAUUCCCGCAUGGCAUGCGGGACCAGCGUGACAUGGACAUAUAUUUCGCCGAGUUCCCCGAGUCGCCGCGCGGCGGUUCUUUCUGGCAAGCCUGGCUGAGCGCGGCGCGUAUUGUUCAGCGCCGUGAGAUGCAGAAAAGCUCGACGUCGGACGUAGUCUUCUCUACGGGCAGUGCGAUUGCUUACUUCGCAGCGCAACUCGACAAGGUCUUCGUACCGGCCGGUAUGAUCGGCAGGCCCGUGUUCUACAAGCAGGGCCCACCUGCGCACAACUAUGGAGCGCUCGGAAUGAUUAUAGCGCACGAGAUGUCGCACGGGUACGAUGUGCAAGGCGUCAGCGUGGACGCCAGCGGCCUGCUUCGUCAGUGGCUGACGCAUUCGUCUCGGAGAAAGUACGAGAGCAUGAUCAACUGCAUCCAGUCCCAGCACGCCGAGAUGAGCAAGACGGAUAAUCACGACCGACAAGCCUCUGAGAACCUGGCCGACUUCGCGGGGGCGCUGGUGUCUCACGCGGCGUUCAACGCGCUUCCCGAGCGCCAGCGCCACCUCACGGUGCCCGGCCGCGGCUCCGCGCUGAACUUGACCGGCGAGCAGCUGUACUUCGUGUCCCGCUGCGUCAUAUGGUGCACGGACAACUUCUUGCGCGACUACAGUGGCACCAAUCACGCCGCGUACCGUGCGAGGUGCAACGUACCCGCCAUGAACACGCCCGGCUUUGGCGAAGCCUUCAACUGCGCGCCCGGCUCCAGGAUGAAUCCCGUGGAUAAAUGUAUCUUCUAGAAGGACGCUCCUCCGCGGGUGAUCAUGAUGCAGCCCUCGGGAACAUGAGUUGUAUCGCAAAAGCCCCUAUAGAGAAAUCGUUUAUUGUGUGAUGCAGGCAAGGACCAAGAAGAUGUAGUGCGAUCUUUAUAUCCUGCGAACAGCUUAAAGAGAGUACUGUCGGUGCCGACGUUGAUUCGCGAAGGCCUAUUUGACCUUUUGCACACUGCAACGACAUAGUAUAUUACUGCAAGCGUGAAAAGGAAUGUAAGCAUCCUGUUCUGGCGCAAAUAAAUACAAUUAUGGC